AUGUCGUCUAGUCGGCUGCGUAUCCUCUCCGUCGGCGGGAACGCUGUUUCUGCCUUUUUAUCCUGGAGGCUCCAGGCAACCAAUGCGUGUGAUGUUACGCUCGUAUGGAAAUCGGGCUUUGAGAACGUAUCUCAAUAUGGCAUCUCUUUUAGGUCUAAGGCGUAUGGUAACGAAAGGUUUAAGCCACGAGCUGUCGUGCGCUCACCCGAAGAAGCAUCUGGGCCCCCAGGAUUCGAUUAUGUCCUUCUAUGCGUGAAGGCACUCCCUGACGUCUACGAUCUAGCCGCGGUGAUAGAGUCAGUUGUAACACCACAAUUAACUUGCAUCAUCGUCAAUACAACAAAUGCCAUCGGUAUCGAAUCAUACCUUGAGACAAGAUUCCCGACUAAUGUUGUUCUGUCUCUUUGCUCUGGCGUCAAUAUCAACCAACUCGCAGCAAGUGAUUUCGAGCACCUCGAAUCCUCAGAAAUAUGGGUCGGGUCAACGAAUCAAAACCCAAAUAUACCGACGAGUGUGCAGAGCGACAUGGCGGAAGCUCUUGCAUUGACUUUACAAUCCGGGAAUGUUGACUGCCAUGUUUCGCCAAACAUCCUUCAGCAACAAUGGGAGCGUAUGAUGGGACCAAUAGCAUUCCACCCACUGAGUGUUCUCACUGAAACCCCAGACCUUUCUGCACUUGUAGAAAUACCCGGGAUGAGGAAUCUUGUUAGUAGCUUGCUGGAAGAACUCCUACAUAUCGCCCAAACCCAAGGGUGUUCAUUUCCGCAAGAUAUCAGGAACCAAAUAUUCGAAAACAUGACACAUACAUCCACACAGAGUACGAUGUAUCAAGACUAUAUAUCCCGUCGGCCAAUGGAGGUCGAGGUCUUUCUUGGUUCCCCAAUAAAGAUGGCCAAGUUAGCUUCGAUACCGACGCCGCAGUUACAAACCCUAUAUCCCCUCCUUUGCCACCUAAACACAAUAAAUCAGCUGAAGACACCUGGGCCUGGUCCCCGUGAUCGCCAAUCUUCGAACUCCGAGCCUGCUCCACCGUUAUCACCCGUUGGAUUGAGAGCCACUCAAACAGCGAUAUCAGACCCACCACCGGGGAACUCACGGCCGACGCCGAGCCAGAAAGUACUACACCCCAGCAAAAGACCCCCGUCUAGCCUAAACAGUAGACAUACGACGAACGGAGACAGGGGGCAAGCGAUCCCCAAUGGGACCUACGGCUCAAGGCGUAAUUCCUUCGACAACGAUCUCGAGGAGUUCGGCCACAUUGUCAUGUAUGGGGAUAUGCUACACACAGACGACACAGACGACAUGGUUCUUACUGCCGGCGAUGAUCGAUUUGCGCAUCAAGACAACCACCACCGACAACAUCUCUCGAUUAGAGAACGAGAACUUCAGCUUAGGCAAAGAGAGCUCGCCCUAAAAGAGCAAGAGCUUGCACUCCAACGGAAUAUGCGAGGAAAUCGGAGGAAAGGGUCGCGACAAAAUAAUGUCGACUAUGACGACGAUGACGACGAUGAUGAAGAGUAUUUUGGCCAGCAGCAACAGCCAGGAGGUAGCUCGUAUAUCCACCCUGACAAUAUCGACAUGAUGAGUGUUACUUCGCGUCGCAAUCGCAGACUCCCCAGCGGCAACAGCCUACGUGGUAAUCUGGGGAGUGCGCAGCCACAUCGUGCCUCAUACCACGGGACUAGCAGUCUACCGAAAACCCGGGGAAAGCCUAACGGCCCAAGCGCUACGUUGAUCGGGGACUUCCCAACUCCACAUUCAUCGAUUGCGGACGACCCACUCCUCAACUACGCCAGCAAUAGAUAUCCGACUUUACAGUCGUCUCGGGCUAAUUCUUUAACCACUCCAAGAUUUGACGAUUAUGCGGCUAUCGGAAACAACCUUCCAAACCACAAUCUACCAUCACGCCGAGCAAGUGCCACGCCUCCAUACGCUGGAGGCUACUCGACGGUAAGUUAA